GUAAACUGUUAUUACUUCCGCUGUUUGCAGCUCGUUCACAUGUGGUUCCGGGGUGGACAUAAGGAGUUUUUUCAAAUGGUGGUAAGAUGAGCCAAAUGGAAGAGCUAAAACUGUUUGUCUCCGAGCGGCUACAUGCUGCUGCUUCUGAAAUAUUCGGUGCUCUUGAGAAAACAAUAACGGACUACGAGGUGAAGGUUACCCGGUUGAAGGAAGACAACGAACGCAACCGGUCUCUGUUGGACAUCAUCCUCAAAACCAAAUCACGACAGAAAGAAGCAGCUAACCCCACCAAAAGUACCACUACUGCUGCUGCUGGUCCAGGUGCAUCAGAUUCAAGUCCCACCGGCAAGGCCAGAGACCCCAACCGCAAUUCCAGUGACUCUCAGUGCUCCUUCACCUCACGCACAGACUUUCUAAAGUUUGCAGCCAGUGAUGACUGUCGCUACUGCUUGAAGAGGAUUCAAGCCACUGAGACACAUUUGACGAGAAAACAUUAUCUAUUUGCUGUCCAUUUUACUGAGGGUGGCACUGAUAAAUUUGUUGUACCAUGUACAUGCACAGACUUGAUCCAGGGCAGAAGUCACUGGCACUGCCCAUAUUGCACAAAGAUCAUUUAUCGUAAAUGUAACUUUGAGGUGCACAUAUCUAAACAACAUGGUUUUGCAAUACUGCAGCAAAGCCAAGACACAGAGAUUGAUCAGCCCUCUGUCUCUGCCAUUGAGGAGGAGGCUCCCCUGAGUCCUGAACCCUGGUCUCAGCAGGAGCUUGGCAGUCUGGACCAGGAGGACCAACAGGCCUCACUGCUGCUUCAUGUGAAAGAAGAACAACAGGACAUUUGCAGACAAGUGAGUCAUCCUGGGUGGCAGAACUCAACGCAACUGCAGAUUAAAGGCGAUCAAAUACCAAAAGGUAACAGUCAAGUGAGUGUGGAGGAACAUCUCGCUCAAGACUCUGAAUUCAGCAUCGUCUGUGCAGGCAGUUACAUUCAAGACCUCAGCGAAAUGAACUGUGUGGAAAGCAGCGAGGGACAUGUGCUUCCUAACUCUUCAAAUCAACCUCUGGAAACGCUGCCUGACAGUGGGGUUGGUGGAGUUUGCCAGCCAGCUGGGGAGUCUCAGCACACCACACCUCGUCUAAAGGCACUCGGUAUCAAGAAGAAAGUGCUUGUGAAAAGAAAAAACUCUUUACCCACCGUGGGUUUAAAUAUAAAGACAUCAACUCAAUCUGUCAGUCAGAAUCCCAGCGGUCCUCAUUGUUGUAAAGCAUGUGGAAAGAGUUUCUAUUACAUGUACACACUGAGGACACACGUGCUGACACAUGCAGGGGAUAAAAUCCAUACUUGUGGAAUCUGUGGGAAACAUUUAGAGUCUAUGGAGAGUUUUGUCCAGCACAUUCAAAGCCACACAUUGAGGAACAAAUGUGGUAUAUGUGGCAAACAAUUUUCUAGUAAUUAUCGCCUGAAACGGCACAGGAGAUUUCACAGACCUAAGGGUCUAAAUGUCAUGUCAUCAACUUAAAAACCACAAAUGGGCAAAAUCCUACAGAUGUCAUAAAUGCAUCAAAACGUGCUGUGAUUAUUGGAUUCUUAUCUGCUAAGUGGGAGAUACCAGUCCAGUAGUGUACAUAUGGGAGGGAUAAUUCAGUCAUGUUUAUUGUAUAUAACUGUAUUCUUACACUAUUUUGUGGACUUGAAUAAAAAAAAGUCUUUGAAGUUA